AUGGAAGAUCAAAGUGCAGCUAAUGAGGAUGUGGAAGGAGGGAGUGACGAAAAGAUUAGGAGAGUCGAUCGAGAUGGUUUUACUCGAAUCAUCAUCGGUAUGGGGACAAAAAUUCACACGAGAAUAAAUGAAGCUUUCUCUAAAUGGCUUAUGGAUAUUACUAGUGAUGAAAAGAUCGACGAUGGUGACGCGUAUAUUGAUAUCCCUAAAGAGGUGUCGAAUAUUGAGUGCCCUGAUUUUAUGAAAACAAUAGUGAAGGAAGUUUAUGGUGACUCUUUUGCUCCAGCGUCCUCCUAUGAUCCUAGGUUUUGUCGCGACAAGCUACCUCCGUCAAUGUUUGGUAGCUGCAUAGUCCCCGGGUUGCCUCAGCAGGUUCUGAGACUAAAGGUUGGUGCUCCCGUCAUGUUACUUGCGGACAUUGAUCCUAGCCGUGGGUUAUCUACUGGGGUAAGACUUCAAAUUACUAAGGUGGGUGAUUCUUUGCUUACGGUUAAAUUUACAACACCUAUGGAUUAUUAUGCGGAAUUCUUGAUCCCUAAGACGCAUAUGUUCGCUGCGGAAAGUUUUCCUGUCUCAUUGCGGCGUACACAGUACCCUCUCACGCUUGCAUUCGCCAUGACUAUAGAUAAGAGUCGAGGCCAAACAUUUUCCAAGGUUGGUCUAUAUCUACCAAGCCGAGUGCUCCGUGAUGGACACAGGUACCUCGCCAUAUCCAAAGUGAAGGCCACAACUGGUGUUACCCAAGUUCUUAUCACUCAGAAAGAUGGCAAACCCCAGGAAGACUCUGAAAAUGUUGUCUUCAAGAAGUUGUUUCGAUCGUGA